AUGGACCUUGUCGCUCCUGCUGAACCACCGGAGGCCCUCAAGAAGGCGCAGGCCGAGAUCGACGCGGCCGUGGGCACCUCCCGCCUGGUGACCGCGGACGACGUGUCUCACCUCGCCUACCUGCAGUGCAUCAUCAACGAGACGCUGCGCCUGUACCCUGCCGCGCCGCUGCUGCCGCCGCACGAGUCCUCCGCAGACUGCAAUGUCGGCGGCUACGGCGACGUGCCCUGCGGCACGAUGCUGCUGGUGAACGCGUACGCCAUCCACAGGGACCCGGCGGUGUGGGAGGACCCGGCCGAGUUCAGGCCGGAGCGGUUCGAGGACGGAAAGGCCGAGGGGCGGCUGCUGAUGCCGUUCGGGUUGGGGCGGCGCAAGUGCCCCGGGGAGACGCUCGCGCUGCUGACCGUCGGGCUGGUGCUCGGCACGCUGGUCCAGUGCUUCGACUGGGACAGGGUUGAUGGAGUUGAGGUUGACAUGGCCGAGAGCGGCGGGCUGACCAUGCCCAGGGCCGUCCCGUUGGAGGCCCUGUGCAAGCCGCGCGCAGCUAUGCGCGAUGUUCUUCAGAAGCUCUAA